AUGCCUUCCUGGAACGACGAGGAAACAAGCUCCGAGGAGGAGUGCAAGGUCGUCAGCAUGGACAUGGGACUUAUAGAGGAACCAUACACCAUUGUGAAGCCCCUUUUCUAUGGCCAACUUGAGCUUGCUCAACCCAAGUGCAUUCUGCACCAAAUGAGGCCUAUUAAGCGCGUUGCUUUUGAAGGCAUUGUGACAGGAAGGCAUUUCUAUGGCUGCCCAAUCCAGGAAAAUGGUGUGAAUUGUGGUGUUGUAGAGUGGGUUGAUGGGCCUUGGCCUCCUGUUCUUCAGAGAUGUCUGUCCAAGCUAUGGGAAAUGUUCCAUGAGCAGAACUGUGGAAGGGUACUUGACAAGGAGAAGUUUGAGAAGGAGUUGGCCAAGCUUAAGUGUGAACAUGAAAGGGAGUUGGCCAAGCUUAAGAUGGAAAAUGACAAGCUUUGCAUUGAGUACACCAGGCUUGUUGAUGAUGUAUCCAAGAUGUUUGAUUGGCGGGAUGGUAGGGUGGACAAGAAGGUGUACCAGAAACAAGUGGAGGAGGAAGAACUUGAGAAGAAGAAGAAGGAGGAGCUAGAGGAGAAAGCUAUGUUGGAGGUGCAGAUGGAAAAUCUUAAACUUGCAAAAGAGCAGAGGUGCAUUUUGCAGAGCCAAGCUGAUAUCAUCAAGAACACCAGGAAGGCUAUGAAGGAUGUUGAAGUUGACAUAGAUGUUCUUAAGAAGGAGAAGGCAAAGAUUGAGCUUGUUGUUGCCGAGUCGCUGAAAGAUGGGUAUGGCAGCAAGGAGAAGUUAGAGAAAAUCAAGGCCAUCCUUGAGUCAUGA